GGAAGUUACGGAAUGUAACGUUUCGCCGUACGGGGUUUAGAAGUUGUAACGAAAUAAUCGGUUAUCCUCGGAUUUUACUGUGGAAAGACAAAAGAUGGAACUCGCCGGCAAAACAAUAUUCGCAUUUUGCAUGAUAGUGAUGCCAUUUAUGGUAUAUGGUGACUCUUGUUUGGAUCCUAAAGUCAAGUCAUCAGUAUAUACAACCACAGAGGCUACCUCAUCAAUGGAUACCAUUUUUAUUGUACAAUUCUCAUUGACAUGCAAGAAUGGUCUCAAGGAUCUUACUUUGUUUGCUGAUGUGAAUGGUCGUACACUGGCUGUGACAAGAAGUGAAGAUAACACAGAAUUUCAAUACCAGGUUAGUUUUAGUGAUGAAAACAAGAAUUUACCAUCCGGCAAAUAUGAUUUGAAGUUUUAUGAUGAAGACGGAUAUUCCAAUUUGAGAAAGGCACAGAGAAGUGGAGAAAAUGUAGGAUCUGUAAAAUCUCUCUUCACCAUUCCAGUUAACCAUCCAGGAGUAUGGAAAGGCCAGCUUGUACCAAGCGAGUUUGUAGCACUAGCAGUAUCAGCAGCUGUGUUUUAUUUUGCAUACAGUACGAGAGCACAACUACAGUCAUCUUGAGUUGUCAUCUUUAACAUCUUACUAGUAUAUAAUUCAUCAUGAUUUAAACAGCUAUAGUUUAGAUAUAAGUUAAAUAAUGAAGACUUGUAAGAAAUAAAGUGAUCAUUUCCUUAAGAAAAAUAUUUUGAAAGCAGAUCAGAUAUCAUGCAGAUUUUAUCAUUUUAAUUAAGGGAGUAUUGUUAUUGUUCACUAAUGUAUUAUUGGGGUGGGGUAGGGGUCAGUAGGUGCAUUUUUCAGAAAAAAAAUAUGCUUAUAUUUCAAAAUACUUAUUAAUAUAGUAUGAUAUUUUUGACAAUUAUAUGGCUUUGAUUUGAUACAAGUUCAAACUUUUUUGGGGGUUUGGAAACCAUAAAUAAACUUUGUUAAUUUAAAGGAUUUAGUUUGACUUCUGCUUUUGAAGGAAUAUUACAUUUUAUUAUAAUUUUUAGACGAUCAAUAAGGUAUUUUUAUUUUGAUGUACAUGUAAAUCAUGGAAGUCUGUGAGUAUGGUAUUUUGUAACUCAGUGAAAUUGUCAAUAGAAUGAAAAUAAAACAAAAUAAUAAUGAAUUUAAGAAGUGCUUUAGGAAAGAAUGUUUGCACAUGUCUUUUUUAGGAAUAAAUGUUUUGUAAAAAUGAA